CACCCUCCCCAUCAAUAAUAAAUAAAUAAAUAAUAAACUCCCGUAUUUAUAUAUAUUAUAUUAAUCUCCCCCCUACAUACCAUACUUACGUUAAUUAAUUACCUUAAUUAGUAAAAGAAUCGUCCCAAGAUGUCGUGGCAAACGUACAUCGACGAUCAGCUCAUGUGCGAGAUCGAAGGCAAUAAUAAGCUCACCUCCGCCGCCAUCCUCGGCCACGACGGCAGCGUCUGGGCUCAGACCCCCAACUUCCCCAAGUUCACUCCGGAGGAGAUAAUGGCGAUCAUGAAGGACUUUGAUGAGCCCGGUUCGCUGGCUCCGACCGGCCUGCAUCUCGGCGGCACAAAGUACAUGGUGAUCCAGGGCGAGCCCGGGGCUGUCGUCCGAGGAAAAAAGGGACAGGGCGGCGUGACAGUGAAGAAGACGACACAAUGCUUGCUCUUUGGAAUAUACGAUGAGCCGAUGACUCCCGGGCAAUGCAACAUGGUUGUGGAGAGGUUGGGCGAUUACCUCGUUGACCAGGGCUAUUGAUCCAUCCAUCCCAUCCAUCAAUGCAACAUCUUUCUCUUUUCUUUAUUGGUUAUUAUUUCUUGCCUUCAAGAUUAUGGUUUCUCUCAAUGAUGAGCUGGUGGAGAGAGCCAAGUAUGUAGUAGCAGCUGUGGUGGAUACAUACAUACAAGUUGAAGAAUCUGGAUUCAAUGCUUUUAUUUAUUUUAUGUCCUUUUUUUGUACUUUUUUUUUUCAAUUCCACACAAUUAUUGGGAUUUUUUUAAAUAUAUUUUUUACUAAAUGGGUGCAACGGAUUUGGUUGCACACAUCCAAUUCGAUACGUUUUGACUUUGUGUAAUUCUUUUUGAAGCAAUAUAUAAUAAAAAAUAAUAAUAUCUACACCAGCUUUAUUUGCCAAUUAAUUACCUCCCAUUAUAUUCCCUCCACUCUAUUUAAUUAGUAGUAUCAAAAUUUCAUGUGUGGUUCAAGAAAAUAAAAGGCUUGGAUUAUA